AUGCCAAGUGAAGACGUGCAAGUCAAGAAAAAGGAGGAGAGGGAAAAAUCGAUCCUUGCCGAUGUCCACGCCGCCGGUCAUAUCAGCCCAGGUGUUGUGAGAUUCGAGAAUGGGUAUCCGUACUCUGGACCUCCCAUAUGUACCUUAGGGCCCUAUAUCUCGCGCUGCCACACUGGCCUUACGCUGUACGACGUCAGGGGCCCGCCUCAACUGCGCGCCGGUCCUCUUGUCCCGCAGGCCGGACCACGCACCAUCAAUCGGAAUCCUGCGGCAGCGGCAGGAGAAGCAGGAGGGGAAGAAACAUCAGACGAUCGAGCUGCAAGAGGACCCUUUUUUCCGGUCUUUGUGUGUGUGCUAGGCGCAGGCAUACUAUAUCUUGCAGAAACGCUGCACAUGCAGCCACAGAACGUGUGCCAGCUUCCAACAUCCCACAUUCCCACACGCUAUGGAUACACUACCUAUUACACCAACCCACCCUUGCGAAACGGAGGGGAAAGCGGCACCAAAAGUAUCGCUAUUUGUCCUCCAACUCGAAUGCAUACAGGUACCACGGAUCAAGAUACUGAUCCGGCUUGA